AACCAAUUAAGCUGUGCAGUACAUAGAAAUGUACUGUUGACAUCGUUGAUACCAGCUCUGUAGCUCAAGCAGAUCUAUAAAUGCAUCGACUUCCUAAAAUAACUCCACAACACCUAUAAAAAAAGAAAGACCAUUUCAAUAAAGAAGAUCAGUACGGCAUUGUUCAGCCUAAAAUAGACACGAGGGCGUCACGACUCAUUUGCCGACGGCACUUACGAGAUUGAUGCUUGAUAAAGUAAGUCAAUACAACACUUGGCCUUSGGUGRACAAACCUGAAUGCUCCAUAAAACAGUAUUGGUUGCCUUGUUUAUGCAAUAGUCUUAUUGUCUGUCCCAGCCAAAGGGUCAUUGUGGAAAACUACAAACACGAGGUAGUUAAAAGCUGUAGAAUGUCUUCCAUCAGAGUACGUUUGAUUUUAGGGAUGAUUCUAACUGCUUUCUCUGUCACUGAGGCCGAGUUCUUCAAUCUCACGCUCAUGAGAAAAGGAAUCCUUGACUAUUUAGACAUCCCUGACAGACAACAGAUGCAAAAUCACCAGCAGACAGCUCACGAAACCCCCGCGUUUAUGAAGGAGUUGUAUCGAAUGAAGGUAAAGAAUCAGGAGAGCGACGGUAACAACAUUAAGGAAGCAAGAGAUGACAUAGUUCGUUUCUUCUAUCCAAAAGCGCAAAGAACAAGAAAGACAAACACUUUGAAUUAUGAAUUCAACUUUAAUKUGUCGUCACUGCAAACCAAGGAAAAAAUAACGAGCGCGGUUUUAAGACUUAGCAAAAGACGAACGAAGAUCAAAGACAAGACAAGGCUGUGCUCCCUCGCGCUCUUCUUACAACAGCCUCGAGAUAAACGGACAAGAAACAAAGCAAGAAGUACACCACCAGUUUUCGUCGCUAUCAAGAUUGUACCAUUUUCUGGAAAGCGUCUUUGGGUUAAAUUCAACGUCUCAAAAGCACUURARGAYCACCUAGGGAAAUAUUCCAACAAGAUAGUACAAUUUAGAGUCUUYGUCGUUGCAUACGCGGCAAAACUUCCACCUAAAUCAUGGAUMAGUCGACGGGGGAAGCAUAAACCAAACCUAAUCGUCUACUCCAGACUMAAACCAGGAAUGCGCAAGACCCCUAGCUUAGAUUUAACGGCWCUGGCCAACUUGAUCGAUGUACCAGUAAAAAGCAGAGCAAAGCGAGGAAAUAACGACGAGUAUUGUAARMGGARGCACCUCUACGUGAAAUUCGUCUCCCUGAAGAUUGACUGGAUAGUAGCACCAUUGGGAUUUAGUGCAUAUGUAUGCAAAGGAACAUGCCCAGAGGUUUUAACGUCGAAUUUUAACCCUAAUAACCAUGCCAUACUGCAAAAUCUACUGCAUUAUCGUUACUCGAAGAAUGUUCCUAAAGCUUCGUGUGUACCUACAAGUCUACAGGCAUUGACAUUGCUUUAUAACGAUGGCAGUUUGGAUAGYUUUGCUCUCAAAGAGUUUCCURAUAUGAUAGCCUCUAGUUGUGGGUGUCGAUAGAYUUGCAAGAAAUAGUUUGAAAAGACGUUCUUGUGUACACUUUGACAAAUAACUUCAUAUGGUUUAGAUAGGUAAUCCCAYUUACAAUGCAAUCUAUUCUCCUGUAUUCCUUAAAAUAUAGCACGCUGAAGGUUUUUUUGCGCCAGUUGAGGAAACAAUAAUAUGUAUAAUAUAUAUAUAUUAUACAGCAAUAUGCAGAAAUUAUGAUCAGAAAUUAUGGGGUAUCAUCGCCAAUAUUUUCUUCGUAAAGUACUUCAAAAAAAAUAUCAGCAAUGAUGUCCCAUAAUUUCUGGUAUAUUCUAUACAUACUUGAAAUAUGUCUUAAAACGAUCAUGAUUUCUGCGUAUUGCCGUAUAUACAUUUAUAUAUUUUUAAAUGUGGUUAUAAAACGACUCGGUAAGCCAACAUAUCUGACAAAAUACACUGAGCUACUACAAUAGCUAAGUGGUUUGGAAUCGAACAAUCAACAAGACACUUAUUCAUCAUCAUUAAAUCUGUAAUUUAGUAUUUUCUGAGAUGGUUGUAUAUUAUUGCAUAAAAGUAAUUGCAAUAAAGUAUUGUUGUUGUUGUUGUGA